AUGGAUAAACCCAGGCCUCUGGCGGAAGAACUACUCCGUAAGAUACAGAAACUGGAGGCCGGACAAGCUGAGCUUCAUAAAGAGAUGAUGAGGCUUUCUAAGCUCUCCUCCGAUCGGAAAUCUGGUGAACAGCACCACCACGACCACCAUUAUCACCAUCCUCCUCCUUGCUCUCGGUCCAUCUCGCCUCAGCGUCGUCAAAGGACUGAACGGAGCUUCAAGACUGAUCCCGACAUGGAGAAGAAGACCUCUCCGCCGCCGGUUAGGCAUUCUUCUCCUUUACGACGAGAUGCUCGCCGUACGAACAGCGGUUCCAGUAAUCGUGGUGGUGGCGGCGGAAGGAGUGCAGGUCCGUCUGCUGUUAAGAUUAGCAAUGAGCAGUACUUGAACAUCUUGCAGUCUAUGGGGCAGGCAGUUCAUGUCUUUGAUCUCUCCGGCAAUCUUAUCUACUGGAAUCGAGGUGCUGAAAACUUGUAUGGUUAUUCUGCCGCGGAGGCUCUUGGUCGAAACCUCAUUGAGCUGCUUGUAGAUCCCAGGGAUACAACGAUCGCGCAAGAUAUUGUUAAUCGCCAACUCCAGGGCGAGAACUGGGCAGGACAGUUCCCAGUGAAGACCAAGAUCGGCGGUAUGAUUACAGUUGUGGCGACAAAUACAUUUUUGUACGAUGACAACGGUGCUUUGAGUGGGCUUUUAUGCGUCUCUACAGAUGCAAGGCCAUUUCACGAUGUGCGGAUUGGUUUCUCUAGUCCCGUUGAUACAGAAGCCGGUUCGAGUUCCUCCAACAUUGGUGGCGAUAGAGCCUGCAGCAGUGUCACUGCUAAGCUUGGUCUCGAUCCCUCACUGCCUCUGCAAGAAGCACUCAAAUCAAAGAUAUCUAACUUGGCAACCAAAGUGAGCAACAAGGUGAAGUCUAAGAUUCGAACUGGAGAGAGCAACAACCUCGAUGAUGAUCGCCAAGGUGGUAGUGGAAAUAGUCAUCAUUCUGAUGCAAACACCGCCGAUGCUAGCACGCCUAGGAGGGAAGAUUUUCUUCCAUCUCCUUUCGUUGUCUCGCCUCCUGGCGAUGAAAGGGAAGGGAAGCCGGCAAUCCGCAAGAUCAUCACUUCGAAAGCAGAAGCGUGGAUGGGUAAAAAGGGGUUGUCAUGGCCAUGGAAAGGGAACGAGAGGGAAAAUGAUCAAGAGGGUGAAAUGAGUUAUCCCUCUUGUGGGUCGUGGACAUCUUCUGCAAAUGUUAACAGCACGAGCAGUGGUAGCAGUUGUGGUAGCACGAGCAGCAGUACUGAAAAGAAUAGGUUAGAUGUGGAAACUGAUAGCUUGCAUUAUGACAUAUUGUGGGAAGACUUGACUAUUGGAGAACAAAUCGGACAAGGGUCUUGUGGGACUGUAUGUCAUGCCCUGUGGUGUGCAUCAGAUGUUGCGGUCAAGGUAUUUGCCAAGCAAGAGUAUUCUGAGAAUGUGAUACUUUCAUUUAGACAAGAGGUAUCCCUUAUGAAAAGACUUCGCCAUCCAAAUGUCCUGCUCUUUAUGGGUGCUGUGACCUCACCUCAACAUCUUUGUAUUGUUACAGAGUUUCUACCCCGAGGAAGUUUGUUCCAGUUACUCCAACGGAAUGCAACAAAACUAGAGUGGAGACGGAAAGUGCACAUGGCAUUGGAUAUUGCACGGGGUAUGAACUAUCUUCAUCAUUUCGACCCUCCUAUAGUUCAUCGUGACUUGAAGUCUUCUAAUCUUCUGGUUGAUAGAAAUUGGACGGUGAAGGUUGGUGAUUUCGGGUUGUCGCGUUUAAAGCAUGGAACAUUUUUGGCAACCAAGUCCGGAAAGGGCACGCCUCAAUGGAUGGCCCCAGAAGUUCUCCGCAAUGAACGUUCCGACGAGAAGUCUGACACCUACAGCUUCGGAGUAAUACUGUGGGAACUUGCGACGGAGAAGAUUCCUUGGGAUAAUCUCAACUCAACGCAGAUAAUUGGUGCUGUGGGAUUCAUGAGCCAAAGGCUAGAAAUACCAAAACACGUCGAUCCUCGUUGGGCCUCUAUAAUGGAGAGCUGCUGGCUCAGUGACCCAGCCAGCCGCCCGACGUUCCAAGAACUACUGAAAAAGCUGAGGGACAUUCAGAAACAGUAUACCCUUCAGCUCCAGGCUGCCCGUUCUACUGCAGUCGCUUCUGGCGAGCACAUCGCCCUCACCUCCCACAAGGAAAGCUAG